AUUUCUCAUGAUAGGGAUGAAUAUAACUUUGAUGUUUUUCUUUCAAAAUGAUAUGAAUCGCGCCCCAUCCUUCCGAUCUCUGAAAUAUUUAUUACUCAACCAUUCUUUGUGCUGCGUCAAAGCAUGAGCUCAAAGUAACAUCAAAGCUUCAAUUUAACCGAAAAAAAUAUCGAACGCCAAGUAAAUUUCAGUCGGUUCUAGACCCUUGGAGAGCAAUGAAUAGUGCAAGGAAUGAAUAUUACGAGACUAAUCUGUUUCUAAUGGCACUUUGCGGUGUAAGCCCGUAUCAGAAAAAAAAUUCAAGAUUUCUCGCAUACUUGGUCUGUUGUAGCAUAGCGGGCACUCAAAUUUGUACCAAGGUGGCUUUUGUGGCCCGAGCAUGGCCGGAUUUAAACAUUGUCAUUCAAAACUUAUCAAUUAUACUAAUUGAUAUAAUAUCCAUUGUAAAGAUAACGAAUUGUGCAUUCAAAAUUCACAAGAUUAAAAAUUUGUUCGACCGAAUAUUAUUCUCCAGCGAUCCAUUACUGAGUUCUGAAGAGCUCGACAUCAUCGAACGUCACGACGAACGAUGCAGGAAAUUUAUAAAAUUUUGGUUCGCUUAUUUAGUCUCGACUUUGUCCAUCUUUAACAUAAUGCCACUAGUGAAGCAGUUUUUUGAUCCAGCUGGGAAAAAUAUAAAUGAAGUUCCAUUACCGGUACAUUAUGGAUACAUUGAUGUCCAACAAUAUUUUGGUCUAGUUUGGGUCCAUGGAUACAUAACAGGCUUGAUAUUAAUGACAUUUCUCGCUGUGACGGAUUCGAUAUACGUCGUUUUCGUAGAAAAUGCAUGUGCGAUGUUUUCUAUCGUUAGUUACAGAUUAAAAAAUGCUGUUCCAUCUGACGAACAAUACACCGAUGCCAAUGUCACGAAGUACAAUGACGUGGGGUACAAAAAUUUUAUCGAUUGUAUCAAACGACACAACGCAGCAAUCAAGUUCGCCACCGAAGUGGAGUUUUUUACUUCAACAUCAUUUCUACUGACAGUCGGUAUCAACAUGAUCAUAGUCAGUUUUACAGGUACUCAGAUCGUGGAGUCGGUGGACGAAUUGGAAACCUUGGUACGUCACGUUUCACUGAUCACCGCUCAAAUUAUUCAUUUGUACUUGGAUAAUUAUUACGCCCAGAAGCUGUACAAUUCUAGUUCUGAUGUUUAUAUGAACAUAACACAAAGCAAUUGGGAGAACGCCUCACUGAGAACGAAGAAACUUUUGUGUAUGAUGACAAUGCAAAGCCUCGCACCAAGUGUCAUCACGAUUGGUGGAUUUCAAACCAUGUCAUUAGACACUUUUAACUGGCUACUUCGAACUUCUGCCUCCUGUACUUUGAAUCCGAUCCGGUUUCCUAUAUUCAAAGAGUACUUGGAACAAAUGUUGUUUUUGCCUCUUGCACCCGUGUGUUUGAUAAUCGAACCCCAUUCGAUGCAACUUUUCCGAAUUCGCAUGACCGAAAAAAGAAGAAUUCCCCGUAGCAACGAGCACAAAGUAAAAUUGCCAGGAAAUCCUUUCGGGAAGCUUGGAAAGACCGUCAGUUUCGACGUUGACGCCUACAACAGUAAUUUAAACGUCAACGAGGAAUUCAAGUGGUUCUAUUUUACCUCUGAAUUCAUGAUGAGAAAAGUCACGCUUUCGAUUGGAAUGGAUAUAAAACUGGAACGUUAUUACAAAAUAAAUAAAAUUUUAAUGUCAUCCAUUGGCCAGUGGCCGUAUCAAAGUACAUUUACGAAGUGGUGCUUUCUCACUCUUUCCAUAUUUCUGUGUGCAUGUCAAAUGGCACCCCAAAUAUGUGCUGCGUUUAUAUACCGUCGAGAUCCAGAAAUUUUCAUCGAGUGCGUUACUCCAUUUCUUUUCGACAUAGUAUGUCUUGCGAAAUUAGCAAAUUUCAUGUACAACUCCAACAAGUUAUUAACGUUGAUGAAUCGUAUGGAAGAGAAUUGGAAAACAUGGGAAUGCGAUGAAGAGAAUGUUAUUAUUCACGAAUACACCGAAUUAGGAAGAAAAUUUUCGACCGUGUACGCAGUUAUGAUAUGGUUGACGGCAAUACUCUACAUGUCGCAACCGAUUAUACCGAAAUACAUCGACGCGCUGCUCUACAAUAAUUCUCAACCAGGAGUAUUUCCCGUUCCGGUUUAUUAUUUCCAGUUGGAUGAUCAAAAAUAUUUUUUCUACAUUAUUGCUUUCACCUACGUAUGCACUUCCGCAUUGAUUAUCAUCAACGUAGCUGGUGAUACAAUGUUUUUCGCCCACGUGCAACACUGUUGCGCUAUAUUUGCGGCUCUGGGUCGGAAAUUAGAGCGAAUCGGUGAACGGAAUAGAAUUUCGAAAGAUAUGAUCUCAGAUUUCCAGUACCUUGGGAUGUGCAUAAACAGACACAACGAUGCUAUUGAAUUUGCAGAUCUGAUGGAAUCCACUUAUUCGGCAUGUUUCCUCUUCGUCAUAGGCAAUAACAUGUUAAUGUUGAGCAUAACUGCAUUUCAGAUUACGACGAAAGCCAAUGAGCCUCAAGACACCAUAAGAUACGUAGCUUUUGUCGUCGCUCAACUGUUCCAUCUUUUCAUGGAGACCCACAUGUCGCAAAUGUUAAUGGAUCAUAGUGCAGCAAUUCGUAACAGUUUACAAAACGCUAAAUGGUACCAAACCUCGGUAAAGUCACAGAAGAUCAUGAAUCUCAUGUUGAUGCGUAGUAGCAAGCCUUGCAAACUGACGGCGGGAAAAAUCUGCGUUAUGUCCGUGGAAACUUUCGGAGUGGUCGUUAAAACUUCAGUUUCGUACUUUACGCUGUUGCAGUCUAUGCAAUGA